AUGACCGAAGAAAUAAAAAAUCCUCCUUCAGAAGCACCGAAUGGUGUCUUCCAUGGCAUGCCUAGUUCAACCAUCACAGUGGAUAUGUUGAAUGCUGCCAAAGGGAAGACUGUUAUGACACAAAACGAGAAGGUACAUUCUACUCUACAAACUGCUAUAUCCACCGUUAUGCAAGGCCAAGGUAAAUUCAACAUCUUUGAACUCUAUCCCAUUGAAUCUAAAAGCCAGCACCAGAUUGGUGUCUCGCUCUAUCACCAGAAACGGUACGAAGAGGUAGAAGCCAUGUUUCAACAAGCUCUUCAGGGGCGCGAGAAGACGCUAGGCCAUGAUCAUAAAGACACAGACAAG